AUAAUGUCAACGGGUUAUCAGUUCAAGUCUUGUUGGAGAAUACUAAUCGUCCCUUUUCCAUACUUCAGUUCUGAUCUUCAUCAAUAUUCUUAAUACUUGAUUUGACUGCUGCUCAGAAGUCAGAAUCUUCCGUGUUUAAAAAAUGUCUCAACAAAAAGUCAAAGGAGCCGCGAUUGGUAUUGAUCUUGGAACGACGUACUCGUGUGCUGCUGUCUGGUUUGAUAGAAAAAACCGAGUAGAGGUCAUACCUAAUGAACAGGGAAACAAUACCACCCCGUCUUGUGUAGCUUUCAAUGAUACAGAGUUAUUGGUAGGAGAGGGUGCAAAAAACCAGAUUGCAAGGAACCCUACCAACACUGUGUUUGAUGUUAAGCGGUUGAUCGGGUGCAGAUUCCAUGAUCCUCAAGUGCAAAGGGACAUGGAGUCGUGGCCUUUCAAGAUUAUUGAAGGGCCUGCAGAGAAGCCAAAUGUUGUAGUUGAGUUGAAGGGUGAAACGAAGAAAUACACACCUGAAGAAUUAUCUGCAAUGGUUCUCAAGGAUAUAAAAGAGUCUGCUGAAGCAUUUAUUGGAAGAGAGGUAACCGAUGCUGUGAUAACUGUUCCUGCUUAUUUCAAUAACAAUCAAAGAGAGUCAACAAAGGAAGCAGGAACCCUUGCAGGCCUCAAUGUGCUGCAAUUGAUAAACGAGCCUACGGCAGCUGCAAUUGCUUACGGUUUGGACCACAUGGCUGACCAAACAUGGCAUAAUGACAGAAAUGUUUUGGUGUUUGAUUUGGGUGGCGGAACCUUUGAUGUAUCUCUUUUGAAAAUAAGUAAAAAAGGAGUGAUUGAUGUCAAAGCAGUUGGAGGUGACACUCAUUUAGGCGGUGAGGAUUUUGACAUGGCACUGGUUAAUUACUGCAUAAAAGAAUUCGAGAAAAAACACAAGGAAGGUAUACGAAGAAAUCCAAGGGCAAUGGGGAGGUUGAAAGUUGCUUGUGAGAAAGCAAAGAGGGAUUUGUCGUCAGCUAUAUCUGCUUCAAUUGAUAUGGACUGCUUGUACGAGGGAAAUGACUUUUCCAUUAGAAUAAGUCGAGCCAAAUUCGAGGAACUAAAUUCAACUUAUUUUGAGAAAUGCAUUGAACUAGUGGAAAAAUGUUUGCUUGAUGGGGAGAUAAAGAAGAAGGAUGUGGACGAGGUGGUUAUUGUUGGGGGGUCGACUAGGAUUCCCAAAGUACAACGAUUGGUGGAGGAGUUUUUCGAUGGAAAGACACUUUGCAAGAGAAUGAACGGCGAUGAGGCUAUUGCUUCCGGUGCUGCACUCUUGGCUGCAAGGUUAAGUGGAGGUAAUGAUAACGAUAAUGGGGUGUGGGAUAUUGUGUUACAGGACGUCACUCCUCUUUCGUUAGGUAUAGCAACCGAGAAAAAUGGAGUAUAUGGUAGCAUGGCUGUAGUUAUCCCCAGGAACACAUCCAUACCGACAUGCAAGAAAGAAAUAUAUUAUUCGCGGAUGAACAAAACAUCAGUAGUUAUCUUUGUGUAUCAAGGCGAGAACAUCAAAGUCAAGGACAACAUAUUACUUGGAAAGUUCCGCCUUGACGACCUUACGCUAGGUUCCAAUGGGAUGUCGCAGCUAGAGAUUUGGUUCAAUAUAGAUGCUAAUGGGAUCCUUAUAGUGUCUGCACAGGAAUUAUCCACAGGCCAAUCAAAAUCAAUUACAAUUGCUAAGACCUGAAAUUGGUCCAACGAAUGUGAUCACUUUUGUAUAUUCUAACUAAUAUUUGUGUUGACGUCCAAUCAUUUCCUAUUUUUAUGUAUAUGUGUUUCUAAAAACAAAAAAUAAAAAAUAAUAAUCUUGCUAA